GUUAGUUUGCAAAGUCAUCUAUACAUUUUCAUGUGUUUUAGGCAGUGGCAGAGCACAGUGUUUGGGCCCAUCCACAUGGUGGAGGGUUAGACCUACUUACAGUCCUAUUUGUAUGUUGCAGAUAGAACAGAUACAUUUAAAAAUAAAAUAGGAUAUUAAAUAUUCAAAUACAGUAAUUUUUGAGUUUAAUGAAUUUGAUAGAGCUUAUUCUACCUGUCCAUCUUAUAUUCAGGUUCACAUGUCAGCUUGAGUUGAAAAGUUUUCUGACGUGAUAGGAAUCUAUGCUUCUGUCUUGUCAUUGGAUGUCUUGUUAUGUUGUUACAUUUUGGUUUGUAUUUAUAGCCCUCAUGAUUUCUAGUCCUGGGUCGUGUAUUCUGUAAUACUGAGGCAGGCUGAAGACAGGACGAGAUGAAGAUGUAGGAUUGCGAGCAGAAUUGCCAGCAACUCGAGGCAGUUGAUGUGCCAAUGCAGCCGUGGGCCCAUCCAUAAGCCGGCGGCUGUGUGCCCAUUGCAAACAGUGCCCCGGCCCAUUUUGGAGGCGUCUGUCAUGACCACGAUGUGCCUGGAGACCUGCUCUAGUGGAAUGCCUGCCCGUAGAAACGUGAGGUCGGUCCAAGGGCUGAAGAAACAGUGACAGAUCAGCGUAAUGGUCCUGAUCGGGGCAGACGAGCGUGCUGGGGAAUGGGAGGUCCGUGGGGGGAUACCCGGCGGAGGUGGUCCCAUUGGGGUCCCCAAAUCGCCCCCAGUACUAGCUGCGCUGGCCUCAUACCUGUGGGUAGCAGGACCGAGGCGGGGAGCCUCUGGGGUGGCUUGCUUUCUUACGAAGGUAAGCCACGACCACAUCAUUGCCAUGGACAUGUUCUCACAAUGAGUACAUGACCCAUCCACGAAUGCUGUCUCCGCGUGAGCAGUGCCCAGACACAAAAGACAGUGAUCGUGACCGUCAGAAGGUGAGAGAUAAUGAGCGCAACCAGGAAUAACACACAAAGGAAAGGCAUCUUUAAAAAGACGUUCAGUGUGUGCCGCUCUUUUAGAGAUAUAUACUCUUUUAGAGAAAUAUACUCUUUUAGAGAAAUAUACUGUUUUAUUUCUGCCGAAGUGCCCAGGGGCAUUCUCUGCAGUGCACCAGUGCAGCGGGGGGAGAAGCCACUGAAAUGCACCGUCAGAUCCAGCAGAAGUGAAUGAACAGUCAUGGGAAUUCAGCUCAGUGAUCAUGACCGUUCGGCUCCGAAGAGAAAAUCUGAAUGAGCGGUUGUAUACCAGCUCUUUUUAUACCUGUAUGUCCGGGGGAAGUGGUAUGCAAAUACCACUCGCCAAUUUAAAUUGGCCUUUUAUCAAAGAUCAGAGGUGUCUCGGGCUCCCAAAAGUGACCCCUAGUGUCACUACAUCGACACAAUGUCGAGUGAGUGACAGAUAGGGAACAUGAGGGCUAUAAAGACAAACCAAAAGGUAACAACAUAAGACAUCCAAUGACAAGACAGAACUAAUAACAAGGUGACAAGUCUAAUAAACCAAGACAACACGUUCCCACUUCCAAGGCAUCAAAAACUGCAAGAGCCCAGCGCGUUAAUCUACAGACGCCAAAGGCGUUUCAAUGAAAAACCUUUGACAUCAACUGACUGACACGAUGGGCAUUACAAUUUUAGCAUCUUUUAACUAUACGUUGGGGUACAAUUUUGUCAUCGUGGCAUAUGUUGGGGGUAUGAUUGUCAUUUAGUUUGAAAUAAGCAACAUUUAUUCACAGUGGUUAAUAUUUAAUCUGUUGUUUAUCUGUCUGAAGUUACCCGUUUCAUUCCGGGUGUAUUUCAAGUCUUACAAUCAUUUAAUGUGAAGAACAAACCUAAAUGUCAAUUUUUUGUAACCGAACACAGUCACCUGGCAUCCACCAUAACACAUCCUGCACAAGUUUUGUUAUAACACAUUCAAAAAUUGCCGGCUCAAGCAGCAAUGACACUGGUAUGACGUCAGAGACUCAGCGAUUAUGCCAUUGGCUCUCACGUGUUUUGUGACCAAUCGUCACAAGCUCAAGUAUUUACCAUUGGCUCACAUGUGUCUUGUGACCGAUUACAAUGACCUCAUGUUCGGAUGUAUAUGUAUUUUUACAUGCCAGUGUCAUGAUAAAUUGAGUCUGCCUGGUAAUUGGAGUCCCCAUAUAACAUCACAUCGAUUCCAUUGGCUCAAAGAACUAGUACUCUAUUCAGUGCCUGAUUAAAAAUCUUACAAAUUCACUUUAUGGUUCAUGCAGUUUUAACUAUGUAAAUAUGACAUUUAAUGUUUUUUUUAAAUCAUAUGUUACACAUAAUAAUAUAUAACUGAAAUUAUAGAUUGUGAAAUUAAAGAUGUGUCUUUGUUUGUGAUUUUCAGUUAGCCUAGACUUCAAUGACAUGCUAUCACAAUAACAUGAUAGGUUUUUGCUCAGGCAUUACAAACAAUUAGCCCCAUGGGGACUUGAUUUACCAGACGGACUAAAUUUAUCAUGACACCAGUAGAAUUAGGAUGACACAGGAUCAGGAUGCCUUCACGGAGGGCAUCUGCUUUUUACGUCUUUUCUUUAAGAACUGGAAUACUCUGUCCAAGUGGUUCUAGUCUUUGGCAGAACGCUCUCCUUUGUCAUUAUGAACUAUGGAAAUAUCUCCUCAACAGAUCAACAUUUUCAGGCUGGCUAUGACACAGUAAACUCAACAAAUUAUUUUUCAAUCCCUGUCCAUGACGAGAAUAUGCUCUCCAACUCCAGCAAUGUCAAUGUGCUGGGACGCUGGGCAUUCCGUGUUGAUGGUGGACCUGAGGAGGGAAUAUUCUACCCGUAUGGAGAUGAAGAUGCAAAGAGCCCUCAGUCAGAUGAUGGAAGUUCUCCACCAAUCAUCCUACUGGAGCCAUUUGUCUACUUUGGCCGUAUUUACAACACAAUAUAUGUGAAUAAUAAUGGAGAUCUGACAUUUGAUGAGCCACUUUAUCAGUGGUAUCCUUAUUAUUAUUCUACAUUCUCGCCCAGAGACAUCAUUGCUCCACUGUGGACAGACAUUGAUAUUAGAUGGGGUGGAACCAUCUCUUACCGAGAAGUAACAGAUACUCGUCUAUUUGAGAGGGCCUCAAGAGACAUAAACCAAUGUUUCCCAAACUUGAACUUCUCUGCCUCUUGGGUUUUCAUUGCUACAUGGGACAAAGUACCAUACUAUAUGCAAAGAGAAGCAGAGUCAACCUUCCAAGUGGUUUUGGUGUCUGGCAAAAACCUAUCAUUUACACUGAUGCAUUAUGAUUAUAUUGCUCCCACCAUUUAUGUAGAGUCUGGCUAUGACACAAUUAAUUCUACUGAAUACUUUUCAAUCCCUGUCUCUGACAUCACAAACCUGGCAUACACAAGCAAUGUCAACAUUUUGGGUAGAUGGGUAUUUCGUGUUGACAAAGAAUCAGAAAACAACGGUAACAUACUAUAUAACAUUUUCUUCAAAUAUCUCAAAACAUGAACAUUUGUCAGUUUAUUUUAAUAUUACUGUAUAUUUAUAUGUGUACAGUUAAGAAAUGUACAUUUAUGUAUCUAACAUCUCCCUCUGUUUUGUUUUCAGGAUUUUGUGACACAACUGAACCCCAAGGUACAUUUAUAUGAGGUUGACAAUGUGGUUUCUACUUUCUACUUUAGUCAAAUAUAUUUGAUGCCUCAAUUUGUUUGCAUUGGAGUAUCAUUGCAAUUCAUUUAGUUCCCCUGGUCAUUCCUGUACACAAUUGGCAGUCAGAUAUGUACAUAAAAAACAAAUGUAUUAUAUUAUAGCUGCACCACUUGAAAAGCCUUUUGGGAAAUAUCAUAUGUUAUAUUUCCUGGUAACACUUUAUAACUUUACAGUUGCCCGCUGUCACACGAGUCCACCACUGCUGCAGCAGCAGCAAGCGCUCAAAACAAUCAAACAGGCUUUGUAAGAAAGAAUGUAAAGUAAUUCAACCUUGAAUUAAACAUGCAUAAUUUACACUGAUGAGCCAAAACAUUAUGACCAAUAAUAUACGGUUGGUCCUCCGUGUACUGCCAAAACAGCACCAACUCGCAAAGGCAUGGACUCUACAAGACCCCUGAAGGUGUCCUGUGGUAUCUGGCACUAAGACAUUAGCAGCAGAUCCUUCAAGUCCUGUAAGUUACAAGGUGGAGCCACUGUGGAUCGGACUUGUUGGUCCAGCACAUCCCACAGAUGCUCAAUCAGAUUGAGAUCUGGGGAAUUUGGAGGUCAGGGCAACACCUUGAACUCUUUAUCAUGUUCCUCAAACCAUUCCCGAACAAUGUGUGCAGUAUAGCAGGGUGCAUUAUCCUGAUGAAAGAGGCAACUGCCAUCAGAGAAUACCAUUGUCAUGAAGGGGUGUACCUGGUUUGCAACAAUGUUUAGGUAGGUGGUAUGUGUCAAAUUGACAUCCACAAGAAUGGCCAGACCCAUGGUUUUCCCAGCAGAACAUUGCCCAGAGCAUCACUCUCCCUCCACCGGCUUGUCGUUUUCCCACAGUACAUCCUGGUGCCAUCACUUCCCCAGGUAAACGGCGCACACGUACAAGGCCGUCCACGUGAUGUAAAAGAAAACGGGACUCACCAGACCAGGCAACCUUCUUCAACUGCUCCAAGAUCCAGUUCCAACACUCGCGUGCCCAUUGUAGGUGCUUUCAAUGGUUGACAGGGGUCAUCAUGGGCACUCUGACCGGUCUGUGGCUAUGCAGGGUGCGAUGCACUGUGCGUUGUGACACAUUCCUCACAUAACCAUCAUUAAAAUUUUCUGUGACUUGUGCCACUUUAGACCUUCUGUCGGUUCGGACCAGACGGUAUAUCCUUCAUUGCCCUUGUACAUCAAUGAGCCUUGGGUGCCCAAGACCCUGUCGGCGGUUUGUGGUUUGUCCCUCCUCGGACCACUAAUGGUAGGUCCUCACCACUGCUGACCGGGAGCACCUCACAAGCCUUGCCGUUUCAGAGAUGCUCUGACCCAGUCAUCUGACCAUAACAAUUUGGCACUUGUCAAAGUCGCUGAGGUCUUUACUCCUGCCCAUUUCUCCUGCAUCCAACACUUUCACUACGAUAACUGAUUGUUCGCUUACAUCUACAAGCUACUUAGACCUUGACAUGUGCCUUUGACAGAGGUGUGGUUACAUUUACUUGAGUACAUUUUUGGAGAAAAUUUACUUUCAAGAGUAAGUUUAAUAGCGGGUACUUUUUACUCUUACUCAAGUAAAUUUCUAAUGAAAAUGUUUUUACUUUUACUUCAUUACCAUGGGCAACGUUCCUUUCGUAACAUUACUGGUUUUAAUUAAAUACGUUUUAAUAAAUGUGUGGUUUAUUGAGAGAUUUUUAAAUGGGUCUUUUACGACAGUGGAACUUUACAGUUGCUCACUGUCACUCGAGUCCACACUUUCUUUUGUCAUGCAUUGCUUUCAUAUUACACCAAGAUAAACAGAUAUUUCAAGCUAAAAAAACUCGUUGAAGAUUGUGAUAACGUGAGCUUGGGCGAUAUAUCGAAUAUUAAUAAUAUAAUCACAAUCAUUUUGCUGACUAUGUAAAAUUAACCAGUAUCGUGAAUAUCAUGAUGAUUUUAAUGUGCUUUCAUUUGGCCAUUAAGUUUCAUUAACAGCCCAUCAGUAGACUAAUUUCACGAUCCUUCAGGACUGCACAAUUAAUCAAAAUAAUAUCAAAAUAGUGAGUUGGUCAUAUGUGAUUAUUAAUCCAUGAGAGUCUGUGAUUUAAAGACAGAUAAACAUGGUCUUAGUGUGAUUCAGAACAAACCGGUGACGCGCUGAUCUGUGUGCACGCGAAUGGCGGCGCUCUCAGAUCAGUUCACAUGCAUUGUGAAAUCAUAGUAAUGCAGGUUCAAGCAAUCGUGCAAUUCCAAACAUUAGUAACCGCUACAAGUUAUUAAACAAAUCUACAAAUGCGGCAUCAUAUAACAGAAAAGCAGGAGAUUACAGCAUUUCAUGAAAUGCGGAACAUUGUAAACUGUCAAACACACAUUGCCCUUUCUGUGUCGAAAUAAAAGCCCCUUGUGAAGUUGAAGUAAAUACGACAGCACUUUUGGUGUCAAAAUAAAAGCCUCCAGGUGGAGGUGAAGUAAACAAGACAGAAAUAUAUUACUUUUGUAUAACACAAAUCUAAUAAUCAGAAUAAUAAUGAUAAUUCAGCAUUAUAUUAUAAUAAUAAACCUGACGUGUCCCACAGUAAUAAUUUAGUAUUUUGCAAUGUUCAACUGGUGUUUCAAAAAUAAGUCAGUGUACAAUGGUUGUUUGGAUGAAAUGAUGGUUCCUCUGAUAAAAUAAAAAAAUAAAUAAAAACACACACACUUGAGCCAUUUUAGAGAAAAUACAUAACUAUCGAGAUAUAUAUCGAAUAUCGUCAAUAGGCUGAAAAAUAAAAGACAUAUCGCCCUUUCAAAAAAUUUUGAUCUGUUGAGGAGAUAUUUCCAUAGUUCAUAAUGACAAAGGAGAGAGUUCUGCCAAAGACUAGAACCACUUGGACAGAGUAUUCCUGGGAAAGUUCCAGAAAAACAUUAGGUUUCAAUGAGAAAACCACAAGAACCACAAAAAAAACAAAAAAAAAACAGUGCAACUUUGUACUUCAAUCUGUAUUUGUGCCCUACUGUGUUGUGGUGAUGGUCAUUUUCAGGGUGAUUCUGUAUUUAUGAGCUCUGUCCUCAAUUUCUAAGUAUAUAUGUAUAUCAGUGCUGAAAUAUAUCAGUGUCUACUGUAUAAAUCCAUAAACUUCCCCGUUAAGUGUAAAUGCCUUUUGCUCUUCCGAUCGCAUGCGUUCGUGUCUACUGGAGCGCAUCUCUGCGCGUACACGCUGUACAGCAACUUUGCAUUUGACAGAUGUGCGUUUUUCUCAUGGACAACAGAGAACAAGAUCUGAACUUAAAUAAGCCUUUAACACAUUUCCAAAUAAAGAGGUGGUUCAGUUUACCCUUACUGUAUAGAACUAAUGAUCUAAAUUCUUUCUACAAUGAAAAUACUGUAACUACACUGAACUAAGAAUCCAUACAGGGCUUUAAAAAGUGUUGAAAUAGCAGAGGUAGCCAUUAACAAAGUAUGCUUGCUUCGUUUUAUUCAGCAUUAAAUAUGAUUGGGCCUGUGGAAUAUUGUUCACGUUUUUCACCGUAAUAAUUACUAAAAACUGGUUUCCAAACUUCUCUUCUAAUUUACAGAUUCAUCCAAAUCUGACAAGCAUCCUUAAAGUGAUAGUUCAACCAUAAUUUAAUAUUCUGUCAUCAUUUCCCCCCUUCAUGUUGUACCAAACCUGUGUGACUUUCUGUAUUUUGUGGAACCCAAAAGAUGUUAGACAGAAUUUUAGGGACUGACAAUCUUAGUCAUCAUUCCCUUUUAAAAUAAGGAGGGAAAAACAUGCAGUGAAAGUAAAUGGUGACUGAGGACAACAUUCUGUCUACAUCUCCUUAAUUGUGUUGCAUUGAAGAAAAAAAGUCAUACAGGGUUGGAACAGCAUGAGGAUGAAUGAUGAAAGAAUUUACAAUAAUAAUAAUAAUUAUUAUUAUUAUUAAAUUAUUAUUAUUAUUAUUAUUAUUAUUAUAUAAUACAUGUUUAAUGUGUUUUGUGUAAUGGAAUAUUGGGGAGUAAACGUCCAUUAUAUUACAUAUGAAAGUAACCAGUUACACGCCACUUUAGUAUUCUUUUAAUUGGAUACUUUUUUACUCUUACUCAAGUAAUUAUUAAUAUCAUUACUUUUACUUCUACUUGAGUAAUUAUUUCUCAAGUAAUUGUACUUUUACUUGAAUACAGUUUUUGGCUACUCUACCCACCUCUGGCCCUUGUUAGGAUAUGAUCUAUGUUAUUCACUUCACCUGUGAGUGGUCAUAAUGUUUUGGCUCAUCAGUGUAUAUAAAAUAUAAAUAUGUAUUAUAAUAAUAUAAUAUUAUCAUAAUUAAGAAAUGUUAUGACUUUUGCUGUUUUCCAAUUACACAGGAUUAUUUUGCAUAAUUUACAUGGAUCGUCAUUAUCAAACAUUUAAAAAAAAAAUUAUCUACAAAAUGUAGAUAAUUACAGAUCUUCUCAAUCAAAACCUAUCAGCAUCAAAUCUGUAUUAAUGCAUCAUAUAAUCUGUAUUUAUGCAUCAUACAGUAUAUAUAUCUACAUCCACAUUGUUCAAUCAAAGAAAUAUGAUGCAGAAGUUUCCUUAAGAUCGAAACACAUGCUCAUGUUUUACUAAAAAGAGAGAAGCCUAUUUUUCUCAGGCAACAUAAGUGGUGUAAUUGCGAAAAUUUGUUUUUUGGUUUCAUGAAACAAUUAUCGAAAAGAAGAUUUACUGGCUAUUAACCAGUUAUCAGCAUUUAAAAAUAAUGUUUUAGCUCCGGAACAAUUGAAAGGGACUUUGUUCUCGUUUUUGGUA